AUGUGGGCUCUCUGGGCCUUGGCCAUCAUGCUGAGCAUCCAGGCAGGAACACUUGACCUGGUGGAAACACCCCCAGGGGUGAGCAAUCUCCCCGUUGCUGUGCCCAAUGUGAGCACUCUCCCUCUUGUCAUGCCAAGCCCCCCACACCUCAAAGGUUCCUCCAGCAGCCAAGGCUCGCCUCCCAGAAAGCAUCCAGCUGCCCCCAAAGGAGGCAAGUGUGCACCUGCAGCCAGAUACUUCCUCUCCAGCGGCAAACUCCACGACUAUCUUAUGGCCACUCUGCCCCCACAGAUCGAGGACCUUGUGAAGUGUAAUGAUGUUGGCAUGGGAGGUGUGAUUGGGACCCUGACGGGCACACUGGACAACCUGGACCUGCUCUCACUCUUAGAUCCCACCUCCCUCCUACAAGGGGCAGGUGGUCUUGGCCUAGAUGGUCUCUUAGGCCAAAAAGGGAAUGAGGAGUCCUCAAAGCCCUCUUCAGGGUCCAAGGCCACUGGAGGACUCAACAACCUACUCCCAGGGGGCAAGGAAGGCCUGGGCAGCUUACUAAACCUCGGUGGAGACAAGGGCCCUGGAAAAGGAACCACGCAGGGAGAGGGGCUCUCCAAUAUCAAGAAGACUCUGGGUGACGCAGUUGAAGAUGUAGAACAUCUAAAAGAAUCUGUCGAGGCCAAGGUGAAGGAUAUCCUCCCAGAAGACAUCAAAGGCCCAGUUUCAGAUAUGCUCAAGAUAAACAUCCAAGAGCUUGUACUCAGUUUCAAGGUCAACGAGGUGAAAGAGGACAGCACGGACAUAACCAUGGAAGGUGAUGAGAUCCAAGUCCACUCCACAGUCACUGCCACCAUAGGCGGAGAAGGUGCACUUGGACCUGUCAUCACCCUACUGCAAUUUGAAUCUAACUUGGAUGUGACAAUGAAAAUUGCUAUUUCCUCCAACAACACACAAUGUGUCAACCUUGAUGUCCAAGACACCCAUAUCCAGGUCAACGAAAUGAAACUGCAGUUAGUAGAGACACUCGAAAAAACUGUGCCUAUCCCCGUGCCUCUGCCCUUGAAUAAGAUCGUCCCAAUUCUGCUGACAGCAGAAAUGAAUGAGAAUCUGCAGAAAUCCAACUCCUGUGCCAUCGUCCUCAAGGACUUUAACGACUGCAAGAAUGCUACCGGCUUAUUCAAGUACCAGGUUCAAAGUACCAGGAUUUCCUCCAAAGGACUUUCCAUUUUCUACUGUGUUGAAUUCAAUUUGGGAAAAAAAACAGUGCCUGUGCCUGGAGGUCGGCUGCCGCCAGAUCCCAAAAAUGCCACCAUUUCUGUAACUAUGUACACCUCGAUGUUGAAGAUGCUUUUAAUAUACGUGGCCAAGCAGAGCUCUGUCAAGAUGAAUAAUCUGGAAUCCAACAUCACCAAAAUAGCCUAUGCCUUCCAGAAAGACAAACUCCUCGGAGUCACUUAUGUGGUUGAAAUAGCAAAGGACAGUGAGGACUUUGCCACUGGGGAAACAAAAUUAAUCAUCGCUCAUAACAGCAAGAUUUCAAAGAACAAACUGGUACCAGAUAUCAAAAUCAAGAGGUCCGAGAACACAGUGGAGCCCCCCGAGGCUAAGCAAGAGGUGGAAGGCAUUAUGACUGAAGUCACAAAGAAGGCCUGGUCUACUUUCACUGAACUGUUUAAACAAAUGAAUAUUCCAGAAGGAGUGUCUUCAUUUAUGUUAAUGGAUGCCAGUGUCAGACCGCUGAAAUCGCAACACAAGCCUCCCUGCCGCUCCCACCUCCAGGGCAUCCACCAUCUGUGUUUCCUUCGCUAUCCUGGUUGUCAGAGACCUGUUUCAGCGGGGGUUCAGGUCCCAAAGAGGACGUGUGAAGUCAAUGAGGGGAGAAAGGAGAUGGACAGGAUCUGA